AAUGCGGCAGGGACACAUCCGAGCCCUCGAUUCCUGCCUAGUUUCUCCCCUCCUUUCCUUCUCCCUUCUUCGUCGUCUUCUCUUGUAUUAUUGAGGGGCAGAGUCGAAUCGACGACGACGACGACGACGCCCCGGUUCUCGGAAUUAGGGUUUGGGACGACGCCGAUGGCCGAUGCGCCGGGGAAUUCGUUCGACACUUUUGACGCCGACAACGCCUUCCUCUUAGAUGACAACCUCUCCAUCAGCGUCGACGGCCUCUAUGCCAUCCUCGAUGAGCAGCCCCUUCUCCCGCCCGACGACCAGUCCCAGGUUACUUUAGAAUGUUUAGACAAAAGCAAGCUAGCUGGUGGCCCAGCAAAUCCUGAUAAUGCCUUUCAGCCUCAUGCUGGUCUGUUAGAACCUUCAGCUCGUAGGGAGUUCAAUGAAAGACUUGGUUAUCAAUGGGGUCCAUCAAAUGUUAUGGGUGUAUCAGGUUGUAAAAAAGAAAUGAAUUUAGGAAUUUCUUUUGGAUCUGAAGGAAGCUUUGACUGUCACUUUUUUCCAAUGAGUGGUGAUACAAUGAAUUUGGUUGGAAGCUCCUAUGACAGUUUGACGGGUAGCAACUUCGACAAUCAACAACUUCAGUGCUUACAAAAUUGUAGCUUCGAUGAUGCUGAAGAAACAGACCUUAAUUUCUCCAAAUAUGCUGACUUUGGGCAUGAUUUGUACUUGGACAAUGACCAAAAGGACAUUGAUCAGAUGAGAGCUGAGAAUUCAUUGCAGAACAGGGUCAUAAAGCAUGAAUAUUAUGCAGAUGGUAUGUCAUCGUUCAUGCACUGCAAGGUGGAACAGCAUUCCCAAUGUAAUUUUGCACACACUAGGAAUAUUUUGGCUGAUAAUAUUUCUAGUUUUUGUUUUGCAGAUUCAUCGCUUAAUAUGAUAAAUGAAAAGUCUGGUUUAACUGAUGGUAAGCGCUUUGAUGACAGAAGAGCCACUGGGAAAGAAUCUCUGUUGGAGGAAAAAAGUCUCUGUCCUUAUUCGUCUAUGGAUCUUGAUUCAACUUUCCUAAAUAUGAUUAAUUCUAAGUCAAAUACUACUGAGACAACCAAUAUCAUGUACAAUGCUUGUGGCGGUGGCUCUUUGUUAUAUGGAGAGUCUCCUACCAAUGGUUCCAUAAAUGGCUUAGGGAACACACGGUUGCCUCAUUUGUCACAUCAAAAUGAAGUAAUAGUUCAGAGGAAGUAUGAAAAAUAUGGCCGACAUCCAAUCCAAAGUUCAUCUAGAAGCAGUGCAGUGGAGUUGGACACAGGAUUGGAAUCAGUUGGGUCCUUGUUGCAAGACUUCCCAGUGGUGGACAGUGAUGAACCACUGCCAGACACUUGUGCUGAGCAGUGCCAUCUAGAUGAUUUUAGUCUCAAGAGUGAAUCUAGUAUAGAUUCUUCUCCGCUACCAUCUAGUAGAAAUUCUACCUCUGAUGAUGCCCAUGUAUUUGUUAUUGAUGAAUCAGAAGAAUGGGUCCCUGAUUCUUUGACAAAUCCACACAACAAUUGGCAAAAAACACUAACAAAGAUUGAAAGAGAUCAGGUGCAUGAAUCUCAUUAUAAACAACACAAUGGUCCCAAUCAAAGUAAUGAUGAUGCUCCGAAAAGGAAUUUCAUGACAAGCUGCAUAAGUGUGGAUGAUGAUGCUGACAUAUUUAUUCUUGAUGAUAUCAGCAAUUCUGCCCGCCCAUUACUACCACCAGUGAAUGUAAAAAGUCAUCCUAUGUUAGAGCACUCUGGAUUUGUUGAGACAUGUCAGCCUAGAUAUAUAGGGAUGAAGCUCAAGGCAAAUGAUGAGAGAUCGACUUUUCGGCUGGCGUUGCAGGAUCUUUCUCAGCCAAAAUCUGAGGCUAGCCCUCCUGAGGGAGUGUUGGCAGUUCCUUUAUUGAGACACCAGCGAAUAGCUUUAUCUUGGAUGGUACACAAGGAAACUGUUGGUCCACACUGCUCUGGUGGGAUACUUGCAGAUGAUCAGGGACUAGGUAAAACAAUAUCUACAAUAGCACUAAUCUUGAAGGAGAGAUCUCCACCACCUAAAUCAUCUUCUUCUAUGGGUAAACAAGAUAGACUUGAGGCUUUGAAUCUGGAUGAUGAUGAUGAUGAUGGUAAUGACAAUGCCUCUGAGAUUGACGGACCAAAGCAGCCCCGGAUAUCAAGUCUUUCAGAGGUCACUGGAUCCAAGAGAAAGGAGAACUCUGUGGUUACUGUAAUGAGUAGGCCUGCAGCUGGAACUUUGGUUGUUUGUCCUACAAGUGUUCUUCGACAAUGGGCUGAGGAACUAAAAACUAGAGUCACCAGCAGGGCUAACCUGUCCUUUUUAGUAUAUCAUGGAAGUAAUAGAACGAAGGAUCCCCAUGAACUCACACAAUAUGAUGUUGUACUAACAACAUAUGCAAUUGUAAGCAUGGAAGUCCCCAAGCAGCCACUUGGUGGUAAAGAUGAUGAGGAGAAAGGAAAACCUGAGAGUCUGAUGAGCCACAUGUCUGAUAAAAAAAGGAAGGGUUCUCCAAACUCCAUGAAAAAAUGUACCCAGAGUGCAUUGCUCGAGUCUGCUGCUCGACCUCUUGCAAGAGUUGGGUGGUUCAGGGUAAUUUUGGAUGAAGCUCAAAGCAUUAAGAAUUACAGGACUCAAGUUGCAAGGGCAUGUUGGGGUCUGCGGGCUAAGAGAAGGUGGUGCUUGUCUGGGACCCCCAUACAGAAUGCAGUUGAUGACCUCUAUAGCUAUUUCCGGUUUCUAAGAUAUGAUCCAUUUGCUACUUAUAAAACUUUUUGUUCCAUGAUAAAGAUUCCAAUAAGCCGGAAUCCAACAAAUGGCUACAAAAAGCUUCAAGCUGUUCUGAAGACCGUAAUGCUACGUCGCACUAAAGGCAGUAUGAUUGAUGGUAAGCCUAUUAUUACCUUGCCAACGAAGACUAUCACUUUGAAGAAGGUGGAAUUCUCAGAGGAGGAACGGACUUUCUACACUAAUCUAGAAGCUGAAUCUCGUGAGCAGUUUAAGGUUUAUGCAAAUGAGGGAACUGUCAAACAAAACUAUGUGAAUAUUUUGUUAAUGCUCUUACGGCUUAGGCAGGCUUGUGAUCAUCGCCUUUUGGUAAAUGGAUAUGAUUCUAAUUCUGUCAGGAGGUCUUCCAUUGAAAUGGUUAGAAAACUUCCUAAUGAGGAACAGAAGUAUCUGUUGAGUUGUUUGGAAGCAUGCUUGGCAAUUUGUACAAUCUGUAAUGAUCCACCUGAAGAUGCGGUUGUUACUAUAUGUGGGCACGUUUUCUGCAACCAGUGUAUUUCUGAGCAUCUUAACGGGGAUGACAACAUCUGCCCUUCAGCUGACUGCAAAGUUCGAUUAGGUGUUGCUUCGGUAUUUUCCAGAAACACAUUAGUAAGUUCUAUAUGUGAAUUACCUGUUGAGGAAUGUUGUUCUAGUGGUUGUGGCUCUGCAAUGGUACAUGCAGCUGAAACCAGUGGAAAUAGGUUAUCUUCUUAUUCUUCUAAAGUAAAAGCAGCUGUUGAGAUUUUGCAAUCACUGCCUAAAUCUCAAUGUUCUCUUCCGAACUGCAACCUUGAGAAACUUAUUGAAGAAACUGAUGUCUCCUUGCAAAAUCAGAUAUGUUCUGUUGACACAGAUGACAGAAAGAGUUCCAAUCAAAAUUGUCAUACAUCUGAAAAGGCCAUUGUCUUCUCUCAGUGGACAAGAAUGUUGGAUUUAUUGGAAGUUCCAUUAAAAGAUUCAUGUAUACAGUACAGGAGACUUGAUGGGACAAUGUCAGUUGCUGCUAGGGAGAGAGCAAUCAAAGACUUCAACAUGCUUCCGGAGGUUACUGUAAUGAUUAUGUCUCUGAAAGCCGCAAGUCUUGGUCUGAAUUUGGUGGUAGCCUGUCAUGUUCUUCUUCUAGACUUAUGGUGGAAUCCUACUACUGAGGACCAGGCAAUUGAUAGAGCACACAGAAUUGGCCAGACUCGUCCUGUGACUGUUUCACGCUUGACAGUGAAGGACACAGUGGAAGACCGCAUCUUGGCUCUCCAGGAAAAGAAAAGGGAGAUGGUUGCUUCCGCAUUUGGAGAAGAUGAAUCUGGUGCUGGCCAAACUCGCUUGACAUUGGAGGACCUAAAUUAUCUGUUCAGGGUCUAGCCUCGCCCUUGAUUCCUUCACACACAGUUUUGGUCACUGGCUAACCUAAUAUCCCCCAGAUAUCAACCACUUCUACAUUUGGUUCUCUUAGUUAUAUACACUCAUCUUAAUAGGUGCUCUGGUUGCUUGGAGAUACACCUGAUAGGAAGGGUACUAACCAGCAUAUUUGUGAGUAGCGAUUCCAGAGUUUGCACAGUUUUCUUUUCCCCAUUUUUCGUUUUUUAUGUUAAGCAUGGUGCCAUUACACGGUUAAGUUAUUUUACACAAAUCAUAGAAAAGGAUGUCAAAAAUUCUAUUGAACUCGUCAUCAUUGUUGUCAUUUGUAAAUCUCUUAGUGCCUAUAUUGUUCUGAAAAUAAUUUAAUGGAUACAUUUGUCUUAAAAUAUCUCACAGUUUUGUUCUCC